UGGCCAUUAAGCCGUCUCACGAAUAGUUAUAAAGGGUUUUAUGGAGAGGAUAGAAAGGUAGAACACUGUAUUUGCCUGGGUACACAGAAGGCUAACCCUAUUCUGUUUCGAAGGGUCGCCCAACGUAAACGUGGAACAAAUAUCGUGAUUCAACAAAAUACUCACCUCUUAGUCACGCUACCGCUUAUUUACAAUGCGCAAAUCAGCGAUCUCUACAUUUUUUCGUGCUUUACCGGUCGCAAAGGAAACAAACUUCACCUCUAACUCUGUUACAACGAGUUUGUGACCUUGGAGAAUUGCCACGAGCAGAGAGAACCAUUUCGAUUUUGACACUUUCCUCGAUCUUCCCUGCGUUCUCUCGCUUUCGCUUAAAAUUUCAGGUGGUCUUCUGCUGUAAACCAUAAAGAUGCAUAGCAAACCAGGACAGAAAGAACCUAGCAUCUCGAUUAAGUUCGUAAGCGCCGGAUUAGCUGCUUCAGUGGCUGAAGCCGUCACAAUACCGAUCGACACAGCGAAAGUUCGACUUCAGAUCCAGGGUGAAAAUGCUGUCUUGGCAAAUGUUCAAAAUGGCGUAGCAACAGCAAAUUCUAAUGUCCAAUAUCGAGGAAUGAUAGGGUCCAUGAUAACUGUGGCAAAAACUGAUGGUUUUCGCUCGCUGUACAAAGGGCUUGUGCCUGGAAUUCACCGCCAACUUUGUUUUGCUAGCAUUAGAAUAGGACUCUAUGACACAGUCAAAAACUUCUAUGGAGAUGAUGAUGUCAACAAUCCUAAAGUCAUAAAGAAGAUCCUAGCCAGUUGCACAACAGGAGUGUUAGCUGUAUCUGUUGCUCAACCAACAGAAGUUGCUAAAGUAAGGUUUCAGGCCGAUGGUUCAAGAUUUGGGUCUAGCAAGGCCUUAGAUGCUUAUAUAUCAAUAUUCAAAAAUGAAGGACUCCGAGGACUAUGGAAAGGUGCCUUUGCAAAUAUGGCACGUCUUUCCACUGUGAAUGCUUCAGAACUGGUUGUGUAUGACAUGGUAAAAGGAUUCUUUCUGAGAAAGAAACUCAUGGAUGAUGAAUUCCCUCUGCAUUUUGUUUCUGCCUUUGGUGCUGGCUUUGCUACCACAGUGGUAGCAUCUCCUGUAGAUGUGGUGAAGACACGUUACAUGAAUUCCCCACAAAAUACUUACAAGAGUGCCAUCCACUGCGCCUAUAUGCUGCUGAAACACAAUGGGCCUCUAGCUUAUUAUAAAGGGUUCACACCAAACUUCACAAGGCUGGGAUUAUGGAAUAUUGUUAUGUUUAUGUGCUAUGAACAGUUGAAGAGGCUGUUUAGUUCUUUCUCUUCAGAACACUGAUGAUGGCUUUUUCCUAUUUAAACUGGAUACAUAUUUAUUAUGUAUUUCUAUGUUUUUCAUUUGGUGUCAUAAACGCAUUUUGACCAUUUUGCACUUGCUUAAUGAAUCUUCAGGAUUCCGAUUUUGAGCAUAAUAGGAAAGGGGAUUGGGUGUGCUAUAUAGCAAUAAUUUAGUGAAAUUGAAUCAUUUAAAUUGAGCAAUGAUUUUGACUCUAAUAGAGUUUGAUGCCGACUUUAAUUUGCAACAAGUGCAAAGAUGGGGAUGCAGCAGAUCAAUUACAUGUACUUGCACCAAGGGAUGUAAUAUCGAUUUCUUGCUCAUUUGCAAAGGAGCAAAAUGAAACACAUGGACACAGACGUGAACAUGUUGAGUUAAUGACAAGUUGCAAUGAAUGGGUUGGUUUCAAUCCAGAAAUUGUUGCAAAGGCCCAUUAUGUUAAGGUAUUUUAAAUACAUUUUAAGAGAAGGCUUCCAAGUCACAAAAUUCUUCAAAAGUUUAAGUAAGAAAUUUGCAGAAUAUUUUCUGUAACGUCAAUUUCAAUGAAUUUGCAAAUCAGAGACAAAAAAUUAUGACUUAAACUCCCAACAAACAUCUUGUUCAUUGAUUUCCAUUAUUGGUUAUAUAAAAAGUUGAUCUGCAUCCUCAACCAAUCAAUUUGAUUCAAACAAUGAUAUUAGCAAAUGUAGUAAAAAGGGUGGCAUGUGUUUAAAUACUGAAACUUGAUCAGUACAUUCAAGUAAUGUACUGUUAGUAUGUUAUAGGUGUACUUCUAUUUAGUCACCAAGUUUGCUUUUCAAUCCCUUUAUUAUGAUUUAUGGCUUUUAGAUUAGGAAGCAAUAGCACAAGUAAUUAAAAAGGUCAAUAACAGUCAGUUGGCUGCCAACUAAUGAACUACAACCUGCACUUUGAAAUUAGCAUAGGUUUGAUUAUAUUUGAUUUACUUUAUAUAUGUUAACCAAGUUGACAUUGUCAUCCCUCUUAAAGUAAUACUGAUACUGUUACAUUUCUUUCAAGAUAUGCUGGAAACUAUGCAACACAAAUGAGCAACAGUGGCCUGUUCUUGAAUGCUAAAUGAAUACAAGUGAAAGCUCUCUCACAAUCAGAAUUGUUGUAAAAUUUAAUAACCAUAUAUAAGCCUUUGUUAGGAGUUUGAGUAAUUUUUUUGACACAUAUGAACAGACAAUACAUUAACUUCUUCAUAUUUUAUCCAAGUGGCCUUAAAUCUGUGGAUAACCAAUUCCUAUUUUAAAAUCAAGGGUCAAUUAGAUACAAGGAGAAAUAGAAUAUUGUGAAGCACAGCAAGUGUCAACUAUUUUUACAAUCAGUUUAAACGCAUGAAAUAUAGUAUAAUAUAUUGUGGGUGUAAUUUUAUUCAGUCAUCAGCUUUGCUUUUCAAAAUCAAGGGUCAAUUAAAUACAAGGGAUGUUCAAAUAAAAUUUUGCA